AUGGUGACCGCUCCGUCUCCAGUUUCGAGCUCAAACAAUGAUGUACCACUAUGGAAAGUAUUUUUUCUUGUUUUGGGUGCUGCUUUCAUCUGUUCAUUAUUCAUUAUACUUGGUUUAAUUUGUCAUUUUAUUUACUUUCUCUGUACCGAACUAAUUAAUUUCUUAAAAAAUCCAUUUCAUAAGCCAGAAAUUAAAUGGAAUCAUGGACAAGGUGAUGGUACACAUGAAAAACCCUACUGUGUAAUUAUUGUCGGUGCUGGAUUUAGUGGAUUAGGGUUAGCCAUUAAAUUAAAACAGUUGAAUAUGAGUGAGUACAUUCUAUAUGAGAGAAGACAAAAUGUUGGAGGAACCUGGCACGAUAAUAAAUAUCCGGAAUACUUAACUGACAAGUAUAAUUUACGUGAAAAAAUACGAUUUAACACAAACGUAACAGCAACUGAAUGGUUAGAUGAUCAUCAUCAAUGGAAAGUAACGAUUAACUCCGGACAAUCUUUUUACAGUCGACUUUUAGUGAGUGCUAAGGGCCCACUGGCUAAUGCCCAAUUUCCUACAAAUAUCAGUGGUGUUGAUCAGUUCAAAGGUGAUAUGUUUCAUUCAGCCGAAUGGAAUACUGCGUAUGAUUUUACUGAGAAACGUGUCGCUGUUAUUGGUACAGGUGCAAGUGCUGUUCAACUUGUGCCAAAAAUUCAAAAACAUGUUAAACAGUUGUACGUAUUUCAACGUACACCACCAUGGAUAGUACCGAAAAUGGAUCGAAAAGUUACGGAUUUUGAAAAGUGGUUAUUUGAGCGGAUACCUUUGAUACAAAAAGCUAUACGAAGUGUGAUUUAUUGGAUGCAUGAAUCAUUAGUACUAAAAAAAUUGACACCAACAUGGCAGUUAGGAUGUAAACGUGUACUGUUAAGCAAUAAUUGGUGUUCAACUCUUCAAAAGCCAAAUGUCCAACUGGUCACUGAUGGCAUAAAACGGGUCAGUGAUCGAUCACUCUAUAUAAAGCAACAAGCAUGUCAACAACACAAUGAUCGUUUACAAGCUAAACUGAAGAAAACGAUAUGGCAAACAGGUGGAUGUAAAUCGUGGUAUCAGGAUAAAAUGGGUAAUAAUACAGCGAUAUGGCCUAAUUUUACAUGGUCAUAUCGACUCAUCAUGCAAAAUUUUGAUUACGACAAAUAUGAUUUGUUCUCAAUUCAUAAUAAAAAGACAGAUUGA